GCUAACGGUGUUAGCUUAUCUUUGUCUGGCGUCAUUUUGGGUCCCGUUGUGGCGUUUGAGCUGAAUUUAUGGGUUUCGAUAAUCAAAAUGUCUUCAGUAAGUUGUAAGGAAGAGAUUAGUGACGACGAAUUAACUCAUGUCGAAGAAACAUCCACGGAGCUCAAUGAAAUAAUCGUAAAGUCCGAGGAAGAGAUCGGUGGCGAGCGCAGAUUGCUGGAUGUCAACCGGAUACCCCAGAUUAUCGUCCACCAAAUAGAUUCACAGCAUUAUGUUGAGAAGGAGGAGGUUCUCAUUGGCCAGCAGCUUGGGGACCAGGAGAGGAUCCUCCCAGUGGACCAGGAGGAACCAGAACCCUUGCAGAUCAAAGAAGAACUGAAUGAGCUACAACAUCCAGAGAUUAAAGAGGAAGAGGAUGAACUCUGCGUCAGUCAUGAUGAAGCACGUUUUGAGCUGAAGCAGGAGACUGAGACCGUUAUGGUGACUCUUUGUAAUGAGGAAAAAUACCACAUUGAACUAGAACCAAACUGGAACCAGGUCAUCUCUCAGGAUCCGUCUGAACCUGAGAUCCAGCAUCAGAAAGGAAGCAGUGAUGAAGAAUCAGAAUUAGAGACAGAUGAAGAAGAGCAAAUUCAAAGCAAGAGAUGCCAACAUAAUAACAGUAUCUGUUCUUGUGAAAUUUGUGCUGAAUUUACUCCUCACAAUAGUCUUUUGUCUCAAAGCAUUGAAAAUCACACAAAGGAAAAUUCUUUCUCAUGUCCGACUUGCGGAAAAAGUUUUUCUCAGAAACGUUGUUUGACCAACCAUGCGAGAGUUCACACCGGUGAAAAGCCUUUCUCAUGUUCAAUUUGUGGAAAAGGUUUUACUAAAAAAACUCAUUUAACUCAUCACUCCACAACUCACACAGAUGAGAAGCCUUUUUCAUGCUUGACCUGUGGGAAAACAUUUAGGUUCAAAAGCAGUUUGAAUAUACACGUCAGAAUCCACACAGGCGAGAAGCCGUUCCCGUGUGUGACUUGUGGAAAAAGCUUUAAUCAGAAAGGUAAUUUGAUUUAUCACAUGAGAAUCCACACAGGUGAGAUGCCAUUCUCCUGUAGCAUCUGUGGAAAGGGUUUCACUCAAAGAAGUCAGUUACAACUACACAUGAGAAGCCACACAGGUGAAAAGCCUUUCUCAUGUGUGACCUGUGGAAAAAGUUACAGUCAAAAAGGAAAUUUAACUUGUCACUUGAGAACUCACACAGGAGAGAAGCCCUUUCCAUGUCUGACCUGUGGAAAAAGUUUCACCAUCAAAAGUCUUUUAAACAAACACCUCCGAACUCACACAGGUGAAAGACCUUUCUCCUGUUUGACCUGUGGUAAAAGUUUUCUUCAAAAGACUCAUUUAACGGAUCACAUGAGGAUUCACACUGGUGAUAGGCCUUUUUUGUGUAUGACUUGUGGAAAAGGGUUCCUUCAAAGAACUCAUUUAACAGAUCACAUGAGAAUUCACACGGGUGAGAAGCCUUUCUCAUGCAACAUGUGUAAUAAAACGUUUAGCCUAAAAAGUAAUUUGAAUUUACACAUGAAAACUCACACAGAGAGACAAAUGGAAAAGUCCAUUUUCAUCCAGACUUUUAGUGAAAAAAAGUUUGAAGCAACAUUGACAGAGUUUAAAGAAAUCAUCGUCCAGUCGGAGGAAGAGAUGGAUGAUCAGCGCAGACUGCUUGAUUUCUCCCGGACUCCCCAGAUCAUCUUACACCGAAUAGAUUUCCUCAAGUGUAACGUUUAUAACCAGGAGAGGAGAUCCACUCUGGACCAGGAGGAGUUAGAACCUCUGCAGGUGAAACAAGAACAGGAAGAGCCAGAAGAUCAUCAGAUAAAAGAAGAACAGGAGGAUCUAGAACACCUGCAGAUAAAAGUGGAAGAGAAAGAAGUUUACUGCAGUCAUGGUGAAGAACUGAUUGAAUUAAAACAGGAGACUGAUACCUGCAUGGUGGUUCCUGUUGAUGAGCAAACAUACCAAACUGAAUCAGAACCAAACAGGAACCAAGACAUCUUAAAAAAGCCUGAUGAAACUGAGAACAAAAAUCAGAAAAGAAGAAAAUCUUUCUCUUGUGUCAUCUGUAAAAAGCGUAUGACUUGCAAAUCCAUUUUUGAUGCUCACAUGAGAACUCAUAUGGGUGAAAAACCUUUUUCAUGUGGGAACUGUAGAAAAUGUUUUAGUCAGAAACAGGGUUUAACUGAGCACAUGAGGAUUCACACUGGUGAAAAGCCGUUUUCAUGUGUGAACUGUGGAAAAACUUUUAGACGUAAAAAGCUUUUAACUCAGCACAUGAUGAUUCACUCUGGUGAAAAGCCGUUUUCAUGUGGGAACUGUGGAAAAAGUUUUAAUCGAAAAGAGUAUUUAACUCGGCACAUGAGGAUUCACACUGGUGAAAACCCGUUUUCAUGUGUGAACUGUGGAAAAAAGUUUAGACAUAAAAAGCUUUUAACUCAGCACAUGAUGAUUCACUCUGGUGAAAAGCCCUUUUCAUGUGGGAACUGUGGAAAAAGUUUUACUCUGAAACGGGGUUUAACUCGGCACAUGAUAAUUCACUCUGGUGAAAAGCCGUUUUCAUGUGUGACCUGUGGAAAAAGUUUUCGUGAAAAACAGGCAUUAACUCAGCAUAUGAUGAUUCACACUGGUGAAAAGCCGUUUUCAUGUGUGACCUGUGGAAAAAAGUUUAGAAAUAAAAAGCUUUUAACUCAGCACAUGAUGAUUCACACUGGUGAAAAGCCGUUUUCAUGUGUGAACUGUGGAAAAAGUUUUAGUCAUAAACAGAAUUUAACUCGGCACAUGAUGAUUCACACUGGUGAAAAGCCGUUUUCAUGUGGGAACUGUGGAAAAAGUUUUAGAUCUAAAAGGACUUUAACUGAGCACAUGAGGAUUCACACUGGUGAAAAGCCGUUUUCAUGUGUGAACUGUGGAAAAAGUUUUAGACAUAAAAUGCUUUUAACUCUGCACAUGAGGAUUCACUCUGGUGAAAAGCCGUUUUCAUGUGUGACCUGUGGAAAAAGUUUUCGUGAAAAACAGGCAUUAACUCAGCAUAUGAUGAUUCACACUGGUGAAAAGCCGUUUUCAUGUGGAAACUGUGGAAAAAGUUUUAGACAUAAAAAGCUUUUAACUCAGCACAUGAGGAUUCACACUGGUGAAAAGCCGUUUUCAUGUGUGAAUUGUGGAAAAAGUUUUAGUCGUAAACAGUAUUUAACUCAGCACAUGAAGAUUCACACUGGUGAAAAGCCGUUUUCAUGUGGGAACUGUGGAAAAAGUUUUAGACAUAAAAAGCUUUUAACUCAGCACAUGAUGAUUCACACUGGAGAUAAGCCAUAGAAGUAGUUUCCAUACUUGUCCUAUGCUGAGGUUCACUAUAAAAUUGAUUUGGUUAAAAAACUAGAAUGAAAGACUGGAGGAGUUUCAUGUCUAUAAAGCUGAAAACUGUUGUAUUUGUUGUAUUUUCCUUCAGAGAUGCUUUUUUUUUGUCAUGUUAUGUAUCAAUAAACAAUAAUGAUAAACUUUA